GCCACCUCUCAGCACGUGACCCGUCAUAUGACGGGUCCUAACGUGAUCACAACACGGAAGUACGGCGCAAGAUUGCAUCUGUCCGGAAUGUAACUUACUAAGAAUUUUGAGAAACUAGAUCCAGCAGCAUGGAGCCAUCUGCUUCCGGGAUGUUCUGUGACAGGAUGCUCAGCAUGGUGAACUCUGAGGAUGUCAACGCCAUCAUCCAAGCUCAGAGACACAUGCUGGACCGUUUCGAGAAGACGAACGAGAUGCUGCUGAACUUUAACGGGCUCUCGAGCGCGCGCCUGCAGCAGAUGACCGAGCACUUCCUCCUGCACACCCGCACACUGCUGGAGAUGAAGAAAGACCUGGACAGCAUAUUCAGGAGAAUCAGGACACUGAAAGGCAAACUUACAAAGCAGUAUCCUGAUGUCUUCAGCAGUGUCCACGAGUCCCCCAGCCUGGAGGAGGAUGACGAUGAAUUCGACCCCAUCCCGCCCAGCACGGCAACCACCACGGCAACCUCGGAGCAGAGCACCGAGUCAUGUGACACCAGUCCUGACAUCAUUUCUCCCACCGUUAGCCGCUGCUCAGAGGACUUCUCCCAAGAGCACCACCCAGACACGCCCACCCCAGACUGCCCCGACGUACCAGGGGAUGUGGGCGUGGCUCGGAGCGAGCUUGUGGAUGUGGGCGUGGCCAUCCUUAGGGACGAGGGCCCUGAUUAG